GCUGAUGUACGCUUGUGGAACAAACAGCUUUACGAGCGUUUUACGACAGUUAAUGGCUUCUCACGGCAAACAUGGCGCCACACUGUUCAGCGCGGUGAGUGCGGAAUUGAACUGAAGCCUGCUCGCUACUUUUAUUCUCAGUUCGUUCAGGGAGAUUUAACAUUUUAGCGCUGAGUACUGUCAGCUCUCUGCUGUGUUCGGGCAGAGUUAGCGCGGAGCAGAGGAGAUUUCUUGAAGUGAAAUGGCGGCACAGGGAGGCAUCCAGUUCCAGGAGAAGGUCAGAAUGCUGCUCAGCAGACAGAACGGGAAACCAGUGCUCAAACCCAACAGGACUCUCGCUCUGAAAGAUGCUGUAUCUAACUGCAAACUGAAGAAAGGAGAGGCCACCUGUAUUACAGAGAUGUCAGUCCUGAUGGCCUGUUGGAAGCAGAACAACUUUUUGGAUGGUCUGUGCUCUAAUGAGGUGAAGGAUUUCUACAUAUGUGUUGAGAAGGCUCAGGCUGCUAUGAAGAAUAAGUCUGAGCAAACCAAGAUGCAGGGAGGCCGUCUGCACCCAAAACAAGCCACAACACUGCUGAAGAGAUUCCCCAACCCGCGCACUGAGAUCUAAAUAACAAACUUUUUCAUCAAUAAGUUAGGCAGACUGCAAAUGUGCAGACUAAUAAGAGGCUACUGGACUGACUUUUAGAGCUGUGUGUAUUUAUGUUGAGCUGUUGGCAAGAGUUAUCAAUGAGUGUAUGAGUCAACCAUAUUCUUUUCCUAAAUAAAUAAAGCAAUGAGCAGAACACUGAAAA